CGUAGCGGUUUUGCCCUCCAAGUCUUUCUCAUUUGUUGUCCUGCUGUCCCUUGAGACGAAAUGGCUGCUGCAGUCGGGUUGAGAGCGAGCUACCAUAGAGCUUUGGGCAGGAUAGAGAUGAUGCUUCCUCCCAAGUUACGACCUAUCUACAAUCACCCGGCAGGACCUAAGACCGUUUUCUUUUGGGCUCCAAUAAUGAAAUGGGGGUUGGUGUUUGCUGGGCUAGCAGAUAUGACCAGACCAGCAGACAAACUUAGCACAGGACAGUCUGCUGUACUGACGGCCACAGGACUCAUCUGGUCACGUUAUUCCCUAGUGAUCAUUCCCAAAAACUGGUCACUGUUUGCUGUAAACUUCUUUGUUGGUUGUGCAGGGGGGUCCCAGCUUUUCAGAAUAUGGAAGCACAAUCAGGAACUUAAAGCUAUUGAUGUGCAGCAAGAAGUAAAACCUUGAGCCAUCCUUUUUGUAUCACCUGUGGAAAAUGUUAAAAGGUGGAAUAGAAACGUAACCGUGGUAUUUUACAUGAAAUGUAAACUUCACUUUUAACAUCUAAAGGGAGUCAUGUUAUUAAAAAACUCUCGUGUUUCUUUUGAUUUUAGUUGAAAUAUUUGUAGCCUCCUAACUAAUUAAUAAACAAUGAAUUUAA